CGUCCUGUCAGUCAGCUGAUAAAAGUCUCCUGUUGAUCGACGAGCAGAACAAACAGCUCAGUCAUUGUCGAGUCUCUGCGUUUGUCCUGCUGCCACAAUGAGGAGCGGAUUCCUGUGUGUGUUCGCCGCGCUGCUCCUGACCACCGACGGUCUGGUCCGAAUUCCUUUAAAGAAAUUCCGUUCCAUCAGACGUGAGCUGACCGACUCGGGGAGAACAGCCGAGGAGCUUCUGGCCGACAAACACUCCCUUAAGUACAACUUUGGCUUCCCCUCCAGCAACGCUCCCACUCCAGAAACCCUGAAGAACUACCUUGACGCCCAGUAUUAUGGUGAGAUCAGCAUAGGAACUCCUCCUCAGCCCUUCACCGUGGUGUUCGACACCGGUUCCUCCAACCUGUGGGUUCCCUCGGUCCACUGCUCCAUCUUAGACAUCGCCUGCUUGCUGCACCACAAAUAUAACUCUGGCAAAUCCAGCACGUACGUGAAGAACGGCACCGCCUUCGCCAUCCAGUAUGGAAGUGGAAGUUUGUCAGGAUACCUCAGCCAGGACACGUGCACUAUCGCAGGCUUAUCGGUGGAGAAGCAGCUGUUCGGUGAAGCCAUCAAGCAGCCCGGUGUGGCCUUCAUCGCCGCCAAGUUCGAUGGGAUCCUCGGCAUGGCGUACCCUCGCAUCUCUGUGGACGGAGUGGUGCCAGUGUUUGACAACAUCAUGAACCAGAAGAAGGUGGAGCAGAACGUCUUCUCCUUCUACCUGAACAGGAACCCCGACACUGAGCCUGGCGGUGAGCUGCUGCUGGGAGGAACCGACCCCAAAUAUUACAGCGGCGACUUCCACUACGUCAACAUCAGCCGCCAGGCCUACUGGCAGGUCCACAUGGACGGGCUGGCGGUCGGCAGCCAGCUGGGUCUGUGUAAAGGCGGCUGCGAGGCCAUCGUGGACACCGGGACGUCUCUGAUCACCGGACCAGCAGCCGAGGUCAAGGCCCUGCAGAAGGCCAUCGGAGCUUUCCCACUCAUCCAGGGAGAGUACAUGAUAAACUGUGAUAAGAUCCCUUCGCUUCCUGUCAUCACCUUCAACGUGGGCGGACAGAGCUACAGUCUGACAGGAGACCAGUACGUCCUCAAGGAGACUCAGGCUGGAAAGACCAUUUGUCUGAGCGGCUUCAUGGGUCUGGACAUCCCCGCCCCCGCCGGGCCGCUGUGGAUUCUGGGAGACGUGUUCAUCGGCCAGUACUACACCGUCUUCGACCGCGACAACAACAGGGUGGGCUUCGCUAAAUCCAAAUGAGCACAUCCUGCACUCGAGCAUUAAGUUCAAGCUUCAAUAUCCGAGCUGCACACGUUUUCUGUUGCUUUGCAAUCAAACCGUAUUUAGCAAUAGACUUUGUGUAGGGCCUAAAUGCACUGAUCUGAAGAAUUUGUACAGUUUGUGACAGCGUGAGAGAAAGCGUUUGGAGACUUUGUAGGUUGUGUGGUGAGUUUAUAUGAUCAGGGAUCAGUGGAUUGUAUUGGUACUGCCCUUUUCAAACAUCCAAGUGAUCUAUUUUUUUUUUUUUUUAAAUCAGGGAUUUGUUGUCAAGAGAACUUUGAAUUAGGUUUUUUAGGAUGAAGUUGGUCUUCCACUACUGACAGAUGUAUCUUAACAUGAUUGGCGUCAAUAAAGUGUUUUUAAAAGAUAA